AUGACGACGACGAGAGAAGUGGAGGAGGAGGAAAAGGAGGAUCAGAAAGACGAGAAAGAGGAGACGGAGACGACGAUGCUCUCGAGAGAGGCAAAAGAGAUCGAUGUUUUCGUGGAGAAGAUUGUAAAAGUCAACGGAGUGUUUUUGAGAGAAAUUCAAAAAUCAUCAUCAUCCAAAGAAGAAGAUUUAGAAGAAGAAGAAGAAGAAGAAGAAGAAGAAGACGCCUUCCAAGCGAUCAUUAAGAGAGUGAACAAGUACCAGGAGAAGUGCGAGAUGUUGGACAGGCACUUGGAGAAGUGGAUCGUACCUUUGACGGAGGAAGUUUUAAGGUUUCACGCGGUGAAAUUGAGUAAUCAUGUUUUUGAUGAUGAUGAAACAAAAAACACAUCAUCGAAAGCCAUCUCUGCGUUAGCCAUGCACCAAACGUCAAAAGUUUUACACGCGUUUGCUACGGUGCGCGGUGCGAAAACAAUCGCUCGAUUUUUCCCACAUAGCGCGAGAGAUUUGGAACCGGCUAUCAAGACGCUGCGAAGGUUCAUGCCGAAGCGGGACGGGAGCGCGGCGAAAUACGAAGUCGCGGGAUUUUGGGAUAGAUACCAACCAGGGACGAGAGAAACGUUGACGGAAGAAGUCGCGAGCGAGAGUCUGUUUGAGACGAGUUGGGAAACGAGAGCGACGUUGUUAUCGUGGAUUUCGGUUUUGGUUUUGAUGCCGUUUGAUAUGAAGACAUUUGUGAAAACGACGACGACGACUUUUGACAACAGUGCCGAAGGUGGUGUUGGUGGUGGUAGUAGUAGUAAUAGUAGUAGUGGUGAUGAGAAUAAAGCAGGGUUGAUAGAAGAUUUGUUAGGAAUGUGCAGACAGUGCGUGUCGUUUGCCGAGGUGGCCAGAGACCGCGCGGCGAUUUGCGUGGCGCGAUUAUUGACCCGGCCGGAUGCGGAAUUGAAUCUAGGCGAAUACCUCGAUUGGUCGUCGAGCGAACUUAUGAGAGUUUUUGGUAGAAAGAAAGCGGGAGAGGAAGAAUCGACAAAAGAUAAAAUAGCCGAGGCAGUUGCCGCAUCGGAGGACUCUUUCGUCGCGGUCGGAGCGACGCGCUCGAUGGCGGCGAUAUUUAAGAUUGGUCGUCGAGACGUUUUGAAACCGUUCCGCGAGAGCGCGUUGAAAGCCUCCCAGGCUGUGUUCGAUGCCAAAACGCCGUUAGCUUCUUCUUCUUUUGGUUCGUGCACGACAACCUCGAACGCAUUGACUCGACAAUUGGCGUGCAAACUGAGCGCGCGCGUGGCGCUGACUCUUUUAGCGCCGAAAGUUGUCUCUUGGAGGUAUGCGCGAGGAAGUAGAAAUUUAGCUGAGAACCUUCUCAACAACGAAAACGCGAACACGAAAGAAGAAGAGAGCGUCGACAUUGUCGACGAUAACACCGAUGACAAUGGGUUCGCAGCAGACGAUGAAACCGACGAAGCGAGUCUCGACCAGUUGGAAAAAGCUAUCGACCUUCUUCUCGAGGCGCUUAAAGACACGGACACUAUCGUUCGCUGGUCGGCGGCAAAAGGUAUCGGGCGCAUUUGCCAACGUCUCCCGAAGCAAUUUGCGGAUGAUGUCGUUGAAAAUUUAUUAUCCUCGUGCUUCAAAGCGACCGAGUCUGAAUCCACUUGGCACGGUGCGUGCUUGGCUUUAGCAGAGCUAUCCCGAAGAGGCGUCUUGUUAGUGACAAGAUUACCGUUUGCCGCUGAGAAAACUGCGGCGGCGUUGUUGUACGACGUUCGAAGAGGUUCACACAGCGUCGGUGCGCACGUGAGGGAUGCGGCAGCGUACGUGUGCUGGUCGUUUGCGCGCGCGUACUCAAAGUCAGACUUUCAAGAAGUAUUCCUAGGAUCUCUAGCGACGCCGUUACUUGUUACGUCGUGUUUUGACCGCGAAGUCAACGUGCGUCGCGCGGCUUCUGCGGCGUUCCAAGAGUGCGUUGGUCGUCUUGGUGGUGGUGGUGGCAUUGUGGCAAAACAAGGAGAAGAGGACGUGACAGGCAUUGAUAUCGUGCAAAAGUGUGAUUACUUCACGAUUGGGUCCGCGAGACGCGCAUAUUUGGACGUUGGUUUCUUCAUCUCUCAAUCGUUUCCGGCUUUUCGUCCAGCCAUGCUGGCACACAUAUUGGAUGUGAAAAUUGAGCACUGGGAGGAGUCCACGAGAUGCUUAGCUGUCGAAACGCUCGGUGCGUUGGGUGAAACGGACGUGGAGUGGACGAGUACGGUCGCGCUUCCGAAACUUUUGAGGAUGAGCGUCGACAUGGAUUUACCGAAGCGACACGGAGCGACGCUAGGGGUUGCGCAGCUUUUACUUUCGAAAAGUGUCAUCGAGUAUUUGCGAAACGAAAAUGCGAAUAACAUUGAUACACUGAGAAAUGCGUGGAAUCUCGUAUCUGAAAUAGAGGCGAAACGUUUGUAUCGAGGCAAAGGCGGUGAGAUUAUGCGUGGAGCAGUGUGCAACGUUAUCGAAAGUUUAGGUCGCGUGGCAACUUUACCAUCUUCAUCAACUUCGCCAUCGGAAUUUUUCAAGCCAGGUAAACAGCUCAUCGUGCAACUUUGCGAGAGCGCAACGUCAGAAUCGUUGCGCCAUCCGAAGAAGGAGAUUCGCGAGGCGGCGGCAAAAGCUUUGGUCUCCAUCGCCUCCUCGAGCGCGCUUCGCGUCGACGGAAACGAAAGCAUCGUUGAAGCUACAUUGGCUGAACAAUACUUAGUUACCGACCGAUUACGUAUCGUGCAACAAACUAUGGACGAAUCGAGCUCCUUUUCUAGACGUGGGAGUGCGUAUGCUUUGGGUAUCGUUCCGGACGUGUUCAUCAACUCCUCCAAUUGGAGAGCUAUUCUUACCAGCUUACUCGAGGCGACGGUUCCGGAAGAUAACCCGGAAAUGAGGGAUGCUGAAACUCGAGUCGACGCCGUGAUUGCUUCGCAGAAUAUUUUGUGCAAGAUCAACGCGAAAUAUUCUGCUUCUUCAGCUUGUGGAGAAAAGGAUGAUGUUAUAAGUAUUUCAGAUUUGAAAGAUGCGGCGGAUAUGUGUUUAGAGGCGUUUUUGAAAGGCGUGGAAGAUUAUUCCGUCGAUAAGCGAGGCGAUGUUGGAAGUUGGGUUCGCGAAGCGUCUAUGCGUGCAUUUUCUGAAGUUCUGAGAUGUUUUCAAACAAUAUCCAAAUGUUCUGAUGAUAGCGAUGGCGUUGUCGUGGAUGAGUACGAGACAAAGUGCACGACUAUCUUAGGCGUCUUGUUGAAGCAGUGCGGGGAGAAAAUUGACAGAACUCGAACCGUUGCGUUUGAGAGCUUGUUCGCGCUAUUACGAGGUACUGGUGGUGGUGGUGGUGGUGGUGGUGAUGAUGAUGACGAUAGUCACGUGUUCGUUUCAAACGCAAAAGAUUUCGAACUAAUUCAAGCGUGUGUUCCGGUAGACGCGAAGGAUGUUUCAUCCGAAGCUGGAUUACAGCGCGUCUUUUCGCAUUGUCUCACGAAGGCGGUUCUAGUAGCGCCAUACGCCGAUUACGCGUUGAGUGGUUGGGUCGCGUCUACAGGAGCGGUGACGGAGAGUUUAGCUAAAGCUGCUAGCACUGCUUUACUUUCGGUGCUCUCGAAGGAAGAUGAAAGAGUUGAUUUGAAAGAGAAAGUUGCCACACACUUGAUCGAGACCUUUGACGCGUAUUCAAAAAUCGAUCGAGUGACUGUCCCGGCGAUUCGAUGCGUCGACGUGCUCUUUACCGGCGGUGCUUUUGAUUCCUUCAGUUUGACCAUAAAGACUCCGGAUGGAGCAUCAAAAGACUACAAGACUGCAUUGUCGGACAGAAUACGCUUCGAGUGCGCUGGAACGCGAGACGUGUCCAAGUAUAUAUUGGCCGCCAACGCUCUUUCGCACGUGGCCUCUUGUACGGAUAGCGUUGAGGCGAAAGAGAGCGCGCGCCUGGGUUUACUCGCGAUGAUGCGUAACAAGUUCCCGCGCGUUCGUCAGAUUGCGUCGGAGGUUUUGCACAUGGCGCUUAGCUCGGAAGAUGACGUGGAUGCAAACACGGAAGAAGUCAUGGGAAUGUUAACGGCGAGAUUCUGGGAAGCGACGAUGAACGCGGAGAUGAAAGAGGCCAUUCACGUGAUUUAUGCGAAACUUGGUUUGGAGAUUCCCAAGCAAACAACGGCGGGGAAGAAAGACGCUUUAAAAACGAUAACUGAAGAAAAUAUCGUUCCUGGCGUGUUGGCAUCAUCGAAAGUGCCAACGACUCACGCGAAGAAAAUUGGCGAUACCGCGGACGAAAACUCCUCCUACCAAUCGCUCGUCGAGUUUUCCGGUCGUUAG